AUGUCCCUUGGAGCUAAAGCUGCUGAACGUUUGGCCAACAAAAUCGUCCUUAUCACCGGCGCCUCGUCUGGUAUUGGCGCUGCUACCGCUAAGGAGUUCGCUUCCGCCGCCAAUGGUAACAUCAAGUUGAUCUUGACUGCCAGAAGACAAGACCGUUUGACGGAAUUGGCCAGUGAAUUGACCAAACAGUACAAGCCCAUUCAGAUUCACACUGCCAAGCUUGAUGUGAGUGACGCCAACUCAAUUGGCCCAUUCAUCACAGCCUUGCCAAAGGAAUUCUCUGACAUUGACGUUUUGAUUAACAAUGCUGGUAAGGCCUUGGGUAAGGACCAGGUGGGUAACAUCGCUACUGACGACAUCAACGGUAUGUUGCAGACAAACGUCUUGGGUCUUAUUACCAUGACCCAGGCUGUGAUUCCUCUUUUCAAGAAGAAGGACGCUGGUGACAUUGUCAACAUUGGUUCUAUCGCUGGUAGAGAGCCAUACCCAGGUGGAGCCAUCUACUGUGCCACCAAGUCCGCUGUGAAGUUCUUCUCUCACUCUUUGAGAAAGGAAUUGAUCAACACUGGUAUCAGAGUGUUGGAGGUGGACCCUGGUGCAGUUGAAACCGAGUUCAGUGUGGUGAGAUUCCACGGUGACAAGGCUGCCGCCGACAAGGUGUACGAGGGAACCACGCCAUUGACACCAGAGGAUAUUGCUGAAGUCAUUGUCUUUGGUGUGUCUAGAAGACAAAACACUGUCGUUGCCGAGUCUUUGGUGUUCCCAAGCCACCAGGCCGGUGCUUCCCACAUUUAUAAAAAGCAGUAA